AUGUCCGCAGACACCCUCCCCAUCUCGCCGGCACGCUUCGCCGAGGCGCUGAAAGACCUGUCUCUCUCCUCGCUGCACCUCAAGGUCCUCGAGAUCCGCAACAGCAUAGCGCACCUCGACUACAGCAACGAGCAGCUGCGGCCCUUCGCCGAGGGCACGGAGGCGGUACUGGACGUCGCCGGCGGGGCCUCCAGGCCAGGCGUGCCCGACCAGGACUGCCUCGAUGCGAUCCGCGAGAACGAGGCGGUGAUUGAGAAGAUGCAGGAGCGCAUCCGGCUCGUGCGCGUGGAAGUCGAGGGCCGGGGCGUCAGCUGGACGGAGUUCCAGAGCAAGGAAGAGGCGGAAGCCGCGGCGGCUGCUGCUGCUGUUGCUGCUGCGCGGACAAAUGGGGUGAAUGGCCAUGGCGAAGACGAUGCUACACAGACUGCGAGCCCAGAGCGGCAACAUUCAGCAUGGGCCGACGGAACCUUCCAGACAGGCGUGAUUCGCAACGGCGAGGUACAGAUGGAUGCGCAGGCCGGUCAGCGCGUGCAACCUGGGCAGGCUGCUGCUGGUACUGGAGGAGGUCGUUUAACAGAUGAGGAACUACGUCGCAUGCUAGAAGAGCGAUUAAAUCACCAAGACGAUGACGAUGACGAGGAGGAGGGUGGUAUGCACCUAUAA